CGGAGGAAGAGACGGAGUCGACAAUAACAAACCCAGCCGCGGUCGUGUCCGCGGCCCUGCCGAGCCCUCGGUGCUGCCUCGGGGUCCCACAGUCUCCCGGGCCCCUCGGCUCUGACCGGCCGCGGCCCCCUCACUCCCGGCCUCUUAGCAAGAGCCGAGGGGCCUGACCCCGUCCUCCGCCCCGACUGCUCCUUUCUACCCGGAGUUCGGGGCCGCAGCUGGCGCACCGGCGCCCGGACGCCGGCAGUUGUGUCGGUCGGCGGUGCGGAAUGGGCGGUUGGUAGCCGCCGCCAAAGACUAGGCGGCGGUGGAAGAUGGUGCCCGGGGCCGCCGGCGGAGGAGGAGGCGCUGCCGGGAACUAUCAGAAGGUGAGGCUUAAGCUCACAGAAUCCAGAGAAAUCAUGAAGUUAUAUGUAUUUCUGGUUAACACUGGAACUACUCUAACAUUUGACACUGAACUUACAGUGCAAACUGUGGCAGACCUUAAACAUGCCAUUCAAAGCAAAUACAAGAUUGCUAUUCAGCAUCAGGUGCUGGUGGUCAAUGGAGGAGAAUGCAUGUCUGCAGAUCGAAGAGUGUGCACCUAUAGCGCUGGGACGGACACAAAUCCAAUUUUUCUAUUUAACAAAGAAAUGAUCUUAUGUGAUCGUGCGCCUGCUAUUCCUAAAACUACAUUUUCAACAGAAAAUGACAUGGAAAUAAAAGUUGAAGAAUCUCUUAUGAUGCCUGCAGUUUUUCACACUGUUGCUUCAAGGACACAACUUGCUGUGGAAAUGUAUGAAGUUGCCAAGAAACUUUGUUCUUUUUGUGAAGGUCUUGUCCAUGAUGAACAUCUUCAACACCAAGGCUGGGCUGCAAUCAUGGCCAAUCUGGAGGACUGUUCAAAUUCAUACCAAAAGCUACUUUUCAAGUUUGAAAGUAUUUAUUCAAAUUAUCUGCAAUCCAUAGAAGACAUCAAGUUAAAACUUACUCAUUUAGGAACUGCGGUUUCAGUAAUGGCCAAGAUUCCAUUGUUGGAGUGCCUAACCAGACAUAGUUACAGGGAAUGUUUGGGAAGACUGGAUUCUUUAAAUGAACUCGAAGGCUCAGAAAAGGCUGAGAUGAAACAAUCCUCUGAACUGGUGCUCUCUCCUGAUAUGCCUAGAACAACUGAUACAUCCUUGUUAACCUCAUUCCACAAGUCAGUGGAGCAUGUAGCCCCAGAUUCUACAGAUGCUGAGAGUGGGAAAGAAAUUAGAGAAUCUAAUCAAAGUACUGCACCGCAAGAUGAAACUUCAGUAGACGCUAAAGACAGUGAUCUACCUUUUUUUAAUGUUUCUUUGUUAGACUGGAUAAAUGUUCAAGAUAGACCUAAUGAUGUGGAAUCUUUGGUCAGAAAGUGCUUUGAUUCUAUGAGCAGGCUUGAUCCAAAGAUUAUCAGACCAUUUAUAGUAGAAUGCCAUCAAACUAUUGCCAAACUUGAUAAUCAGAAUAUGAAAGCCAUUAAAGGGCUUGAAGAUCGGCUAUAUGCCCUGGACCAGAUGAUUGCCAGCUGUGGCCGGCUGGUGAAUGAACAGAAAGAGCUCGCUCAGGGAUUUUUAGCUAAUCAGAUGAGAGCUGAAAAUUUGAAGGAUGCAUCUGUAUUACCUGAUUUGUGCCUGAGUCAUGCAAAUCAGUUGAUGAUUAUGUUGCAAAAUCAUAGAAAACUAUUGGAUAUUAAACAGAAGUGUACCACUGCCAAACAAGAACUAGCAAAUAAUCUACAUGUCAGAUUGAAGUGGUGUUGCUUUGUGAUGCUUCAUGCUGAUCAAGAUGGAGAAAAAUUGCAAGCUUUGCUCCGCCUCGUAAUAGAGCUGUUAGAAAGAGUCAAAAUUGUUGAAGCCCUUAGUACUGUUCCUCAGAUGUAUUGCUUAGCCGUUGUUGAGGUUGUAAGGAGAAAAAUGUUCAUUAAACACUACAGGGAGUGGGCUGGUGCUUUAGUCAAAGAUGGAAAGCGAUUAUAUGAAGCAGAAAAGUCUAAAAGGGAAUCCUUUGGGAAAGUAUUUAGAAAGUCCUUUUUAAGAAAUCGUCUGUUUAGGGGACUGGACUCCUGGCCACCUUCCUUUUGUACUCAGAAGCCUCGAAAGUUUGACUGUGAACUUCCAGAUAUUUCAUUAAAAGAUUUACAGUUUCUGCAAUCAUUUUGUCCUUCUGAAGUUCAGCCAUUCCUCAGGGUUCCCUUACUUUGUGACUUUGAACCUCUACACCAGCAUGUACUUGCCCUGCAUAAUUUGGUAAAAGCAGCUCAAAGUUUGGAUGAAAUGUCGCAGACCAUUACAGAUCUCCUGAAUGAACAAAAGGCAUCCAUGAGUCAAGCAUCCCCUCAGUUGGCUUCUUCCCCACGGACAGAAAAUGCAGCAGGAAUUAUAACUACUACCUCACCAAGAACUCCCCCUCCACUCAUUGUUCAGGGUCCCUUGUGUCCUGCAGUUUGUCCCUUAGAAGAAUUAUCUCCAGAUAGCAUUGAUGCACAUACAUUUGAUUUUGAAACUAUACCCCAUCCACGUAUGCAAGAUACAAAUACAUGUGGUAAAGAGGAUUUUGGAGAUCAUGCUUCUCUGAGUGUCCAGUUGGAAAAAUGUAGAGUUGUUGCCCAAGAUUCUCAUUUCAGUAUACAAACCAUUAAGGAAGAUCUUUGCCAUUUCAAAACAUUUAUACAAAAAGAACAAUGUGACUUCUCAAAUUCUUUAAAAUGUACAGCGAUAGAAAUAAGAAGCAUUAUGGAAAAAGUAAAAUGUUCCCUGGAAAUAACACUAAAAGAAAAGCAUCAAAAAGAACUACAGUCUUUGAAAACUGAAUAUGAAGGUAAAAUCAAUGUAUUGAUUAAGGAGAGUGAAGAAAAUGAAAACAAAAUUAAAAAAUUGAAAGGAGACUUGGCAUACCUUGAGGAAGUAUUACAAAAUAAAGAUAAUGAAUUUGCUUUGGUUAAACAUGAAAAAGAAGCUGUCAUCUGCCUGCAGAAUGAAAAGGAUCAGAAGUUGUUGGAGAUGGAAAACAUAAUGCGUACUCAAAAUUGCGAAAUUAACGAACUGAAGCAGUCACGAGAGGUUGUGUUAGAAGACUUAAAAAAGCUUCAUGUUGAAAACGAUGAGAAGAUCGAGGUAUUGAGGGCAGAACUUCAGUGUUUAGAGCAAAGCCACCUGAAGGAAUUAGAGGACACAUUGCAUGUCAGGCACACACAGGAGUUUGAGAAAGUCAUGACAGACCACACAAUUUCUUUGGAGAAAUUAAAACAGGAAAAUCAACAAAGAAUUGAUCAGCUACAAGAAUCUCAGGCCAUAGCUAUCCAUGAAAAAGAACAGCAGCUGCAGGAAUUAAAACUCAAGAUUUCUGAUUUGUCAGACAUGAGGUGUAAGUUAGAGGUUGAGAUUGCAUUGAAGGAAGCAGAAACUGAUGAAAUAAAAAUGUUGCUGGAAGAAAGCAGAAUGCAGCAGAAAGAAACAUUGAAAUCUCUUCUUGAAAAAGAAACGGAGAACUUGAGAACAGAGAUAAGUCAAUUAAACCAAAAGAUUCACGAUAAUAAUGAAAAUUAUCAGGUGGGCUUAGCAGAGCUAAGAACUUUAAUGACCAUUGAAAAGGAUCAGUGCAUUUCAGAGUUAAUUAGUAGACACGAAGAAGAAUCCGGCAUACUUAAAGCUGAAUUAGACAGAGUAGCAUCUUUGCAUCACCAAGCAUUUGAAAUAGAAAAAAACUUAAAAGAACAAAUAGUUGAACUGCAGAAUAAAUUGGAUUCAGAAUUGUGUGUUCUUGAAAAACAAAAAGAUGAAAAAAUCACCCAACAAGAAGAGAAAUAUGAAGCAAUUAUACAGAACUUUGAGAAAGACACGGAGAAAUUGGUUAUGAGCCAUGAGCAAGAGAGAGAACAGUUAAUUCAGAACCUUAAUUGUGAAAAAGAUGAAGCUAUUCAGACUGCCCUAAAAGAAUUUAAAUUGGAGAGAGAAGUUGUUGAGAAAGAGUUAUUAGAAAAAAUUAAACAUCUUGAAAAUCAAAUAGCAAAAAGUCCUGUCAUUGAAUCUACCAGAGAAGAUUCUUCAAGCUUAGUUGCUGAACUUCAAGAAAAGCUUCAGGAAGAAAAAGCUAAGUUUCUGGAACAACUUGAAGAGCAAGAGAAGAGAAAGAAUGAAGAAAUGCAAAAUGUUCGAACAUCUUUGAUUGCUGAACAACAGACUAAUUUCAAUACUGUUUUAACAAGAGAGAAAAUGAGAAAAGAAAACAUAAUAAAUGAUCUUAAUGACAAAUUGAAGAGUACAAUGCAACAACAAGAAAGGGAUAAAGAUUUGAUAGAAUCACUUUCUGAAGAUAGAGCUCGUUUGCUUGAGGAAAAAAAGAAGCUUGAAGAAGAAGUCAGUAAGUUGCGUAGCAGCACUUUUGUUUCUUCACCGUAUGUAACUGCAGCCCCAGAACUUUAUGGAGCCUGUGCACCUGGAUCCCCAAGUGAAGCAGAUAGACCAGCCUUGGAGACAGCAGAUGAGGGAAAAGUGGAUUCCGCAAUGGAAACAAGCAUGAUGUCUGUCCAGGAAAAUGUCCAUAUGCUUUCUGAAGAAAAACAGAGGAUAAUGCUCUUAGAAAGAACAUUGCAGUUGAAAGAGGAAGAAAAUAAAAGGUUAAAUCAACGACUGAUGUCUCAGAGCAUGUCUUCAGUAUCUUCAAGGCAUUCUGAAAAGAUAGCAAUUAGAGAUUUUCAGGUGGGAGAUUUGGUACUCAUCAUCCUAGAUGAACGCCACGACAAUUAUGUACUCUUUACUGUUAGUCCUACUUUAUAUUUUUUGCAUUCAGAGUCUCUGCCUGCCCUGGAUCUCAAACCAGCUUCAGGUGCAUCUAGAAGACCCUGGGUGCUUGGAAAAGUAAUGGAAAAGGAAUACUGUCAAGCCAAAAAGGCACAAAACAGAUUUAAAGUUCCUUUGGGGACAAAGUUUUACAGAGUGAAAGCUGUGUCAUGGAAUAAGAAAGUAUAACCUAUGGAAGAAAUUAUUACAUUUUAUGUCAUUUUCUGACUUGUCCUACAUUGCUCAUUAAUCACCUCAAAAACAGCAGGCCAUCUUUUUAUACAAAAAUCAUCAUGACAGUAUAUUUCAUCGGUGUACUUUUUAACUGGCUACAAUUUAGGAACAAUAAAUUCAUCACAACCCUUGGCUGAAUUAAAAUGGUUUGGGGUUUUUGUUUUUGUUUUUGUUUUUGUUUUCUCUUUUAUACCCCGAUAACUAGAAAUGCGGACCAAACUAAUUCAUCUUCUCAAAGGGCAUACCCUGUGCAUUGUGGCUUAUGGUUAGCCAUAUUAAUUGCCUGUUAAAUAUACAUUAGCUUGAAGUUAGAUGUUAAAUGUUAGCUGUUAUUACCAGCAUUUGUCCUUUUGUGAAAUCAGUAUCAGAAUACUUGCACUCUUUAACACAUUCUUUAUAAAAAUGUAUAAAUUCUUCAAAACUAAAGAGUGUUGCUGCAUGCAGAUAAUCAUAACUUUUGAGUUUGCCUCAGUAGAUUACUAAAGCAAAUUAUUUCAUUUUUUUAAUGCCCUUUGAUGUUUCAUAAAGGAACUCUGUAAUUUGACUGACUGACUUUAAGAUCAGCCAUAAAUAAUCAGCAAUCCUGAAAAGCACUUUCAACAGAUAGUCAUCUGGGUUCUGCAGGGAAGAGUCUGCUUUUGACGUUUUCCAGUGCAGCGCUCAAACCUUCCCAACAUCUUUAUGACUCUAUUUAGAAUAAUCAUAUUGAUGAAAUCAUAAUUCAUGGUUACAUUUCAGAAAAACCGCACUAACCAUUUAAAGGUCAUUUAAAUAACAAUAUUGUAUUGUAAAAGACCUGUACAAUUUUAAAACAAUAAAGAUUUGAACCUGUAAA